AUGGAUGUGGCGUACCUUACAUUCGGGGCACAGCUGACACACGCUGACAAGUUGGCCAACAGCCUCCGCGCGAUUCACAACGUGGAGGCCUGGUCCGAUGGUGGAAUUCAUUACCACAUCAUAGUCGCCACAAUGCGGCAGCCUCCGAGGGAGGCGUGCGAGGCGAUCUGCUCGCUCUCGCCGUCACGGCAUGGCGACAUGAGCGACCGGAUCCAUCUUCACACUUUGGCGAACCUGUCAAGGGAAGCGAUGCAGCUGAAGGGGCGGCUCGCGAAACUGGCAAGGGGUCCGGGGAAAAUGUACCUCUGGAAAAAUAUGAUCCACUACAUACUUCCGGAGCAGCUGGAUCGCGUGCUGCUGCUCGACUCCGACAUCUUCAUCGUGACUGAAGUCGCGCAGCUGUGGAGCAUGUUCGACCGCUUUGGCCCGAACCAAAUGAUUGGCAUGGGACUCGAGCAGAACCAGUUCUACUCGUCUUUGUUCGGAAGCACAUCGGGAGCCCUCGGCCUGAACUCGGGGGUGGUUCUCUACGAUCUUCGACGUAUGCGCGCGUCGGAGCUGUACAAGCGGCAGCUCGAGGGGUUCGCAUCGCAACGCCUGCCGGUGGGCAUUCCAAUCAAGCCAGAGAGGACUCGCCUCGGCUACAUCGCGGAUCAGACCCUGUUUUCUUUCAUGAGCCACCCAACUGCUGCCGGUGCGGCAGAGCUUUUUUUCGUCCUCCCGUGCGGCUGGAACAGACAGUUGAGUCCCCAGUACUGGACAACUCCGGGCUUCCUCGCUACCCACCAGUGCUCCGGUCCGUGCCACCUGCUGCACGCCAACUUUAAGCCAUACAAGCGCCUGCUCGAGGGCUGGAUCCAGAGCGACCCCACAGGACGCACAUGCGGCGUGCGUGCGGCAGUCGAGGGCGCUCGCAACUGCACCUCUCGCUUUCCCAAACACCCCCCGCGGGAGCACGAGUGCCCGGACGCCAUAUGGGCCUAUCCCGCUGGGGUGUACAUGAUGCGCGAAGUCGCGAGGCGACGAAGGUUCACCAUCCAGAAGAGCUUUGCCACAGACAAGCUCGGCGUCGUUGUGCCGGACAAGGACCGCGUGCUCACAGAGCUGAUCCCUUGUGGCGCAGCCGCGGCGCCGUGCGUCCCCGGGCUCCAGCCUGGCGACAAAAGGUCCAGAGCGUCAUAG